UGCUCGGUACCCCCAGCCUGGAAGCGGGGCAGCGUCCUGCCGGUGCAGGAGCAGCAGCUGCUCUUGUACUGCAGUUACAAGAUUAAUAGCAUUCCUGAAAUGAUCAAUAAUCUAUAGGGAUGCUAUGGAGAGAAAAACACUCAGCAAAUUCAUGCAGGAGAGACCUGAACAGACCUGCAUGAAAUAAACCAGAAAAAGUGAUUGCUCUCCAUUUUUAACAUAAGCAUAAACACAAAAGAACUCCAACUCUCAGUUAUGAUCACAAAAUUCCUGCCUGUUAUUAUUUUGGCAGCUCUGUCCCACCGAGUUGCUUUAUUUUAGAUUCCUUACCUCUUGUGUUUUGAAACUUUGGACCUUUAUUUGGGAAAUUAACGUGUUUAUGCCACUGAAAACAUCAAAGAAUGUUCUGGGAUGCUGCCCUUACACUGAGUGGUGAAAACAUUUGUGAACUGUAUUUCUGUUUUUAAUAUUUUCUUGUCUUUUCCUUUCUCUGUGAAAUUAAUUUCAAUAAGUUAAUGAUAUUGACCUCUCUUUGUAGGAUUUGUCUUUUAAGACACAAUGCAUGUACAUUUACCUUCCAGUUCCAGUACAGGGAUUGUGACAGCUAAUGAGUCUGCACUCUUUUAAGGCUAGGAUUUCAUAUAAUAGGAGCUUUUAAUAGAAACAGGUUUUUAUAUAAAUCGUUUUUAUAGCAAAGCAUUGCAGAAAAAUAGAUCUCUUCAGUGUUUCACUUCUGCCAGGGACAGCUGACUGUAGGUUUAUUCGUAUCACUUUUCCGCUUCAAUGAGGGUUUGUGGGGGUUUGUCUGUCUGUUUUACUGGGGAGACAAGGGAGCAGCAGGUUUUAUCCUCUGGGAGUCAGAAGCUGGAUCAAACGAGUGCUUUGGAAUCUGGCUGCUGUUCUCCCCUGUGUCUGUGGCAGGCUGGCUCAGUGUGCAGUGUUCCCCAGCAGUACCAAUGCCCUUCCCUUGCAGCUGAAGGGGGCCAGGAGCCACGGCGGGCUGGGAGCAGCUCCCCAGCGCUGGAUGAGGCCGCCUGGCCGUGGGCAGGUGCUGACAUCGAGGAGGAUGACCUGGACAUCGUCCCUCCCUCCCCGGAGGAGGAGGAGCUGCCGCCCUUCUCCCCCUCUGCACAGAGUGCCAGCAGCAUUUUCAGAGACUCUCCCACUGGAGGAAGGUGCACACCUGGCAGCUCCGAGGCCAGGCAGGAGAAAGUUCCCUCAGCACAUCCUGGUGAUGCCAAUGCAGGAGAUUCAGGUGAGGCCGUGCCGGUGGCCCCGCGGCUGCUGGCGGUCAUGGAGGCCAUCUGCGAGCUGGUGGAUGCCAUCCCCCUGCAGGAGCUGCAGGCCCUGCGCUGUGCCCGCGCCCUGCUGCAGCACCGGGACCUCAGGAGAAAACUGCUGGCUAGUUCUGUCAGUUUGAAACAGAAUGGCAUCAACACCAGUGUUCCUAGAAGCUGGAAGUCUCCCAUGGAGCAGAGCCCUCGUGUGUGUCCUGGUGCAGGCUCUGGCCCAAGCUGGAGCUUCAGUUCUGACAGAAACUCCCCCAAACCCACAAACCUCCCGUCGGUGCUUUCUGUUCAUUCCAGCGGCUCUUCUGCCAAAGCCAACCAAACCCUGGACAGCUCUUGUGCUCCAAGGCAGGGUGCCGAGGAGCCGCCGUGCCCGGGCCCUGCAGCGCUGCCUGGUGCCAGGGCAGGUGCCAGGGAGGGCGCUUUCCUCGGGCUGAGCCUGCGGUCCUGCGACAGCAGCUGGGACAGCAGUCCUGGGCCCAGGAGCGGGGUGCAGCCCCUGACCAGCACAGCCCUGAGGGGCCAGAGCACAGCCCCCGCCGCAGGGCACAGCCCGGGCACCGAUCUGGAGCUGGAUGCGUUUGACAUCGAUGACCUGGAGGAGGAGGACUGGGACAGCGCGGUGCCCGCGCCCGCCCCCGCGGUGCCACCCACGCCGCCGUGCCCGCCCCGCCCGCAGGGGCCUCCUGCCCAAUCCCUCCUGUCCAAGAUCAUGUCCCGGGCCGGAGGGUCGGCUGUGGGCUCCACUCCUGCCGCUCCAAAGCCAGCCCUCCCCGUGGCAACAAAGAACCAUCCAGAUCCAGUGGUUCAUAACCCUGCACUGGAGCGUUUCAGGGGCAUGAAAUUUCCCCAUUCUGCAGAAAUGAUGAAUAUAUUCCACAAGAAGUUUGGGUUGCACUGUUUCCGGACAAACCAGCUGGAGGCCAUCAAUGCUGCUCUGCUGGGGGAGGAUUGUUUCAUCCUCAUGCCCACAGGAGGUGGGAAGAGCCUGUGCUACCAGUUACCAGCCUGUGUCUCUGCCGGGGUCACCAUCGUUAUUUCUCCGCUCAGGUCGCUCAUCAUCGAUCAGGUUCAGAAGCUCAAGACUUUAGAUAUUGCUGCAACAUACCUGACUGGUGACAGAACAGAUGCUGAUGCCUCAAAAAUCUACAUGCAGUUGUCAAAGAAAGACCCUGUGAUAAAGCUGCUGUAUGUCACCCCUGAGAAGGUGUGUGCCAGCAGCCGCCUGAUGUCCGCCCUGGAGAACCUCUACGACAGGAAACUCCUGGCACGCUUUGUCAUUGACGAGGCCCACUGUGUCAGCCAGUGGGGCCACGACUUCCGCCAGGACUACAAGCGGCUGAACGCGCUGCGCAGGAAGUUCCGCUCCGUGCCCAUGAUGGCCCUGACCGCCACCGCCAACCCCCGCGUGCAGAAGGACAUCCUCAACCAGCUCGAGAUGCUCCAGCCACAAGUGUUUACAAUGAGCUUCAACAGGCAUAACUUGAAAUAUGAUGUGUUGCCCAAGAAGCCAAAGAAGGUGGCGAUGGACUGCUUGGAAUGGAUUAAAAAAUAUCACCCCCAUGACUCUGGAAUAAUCUAUUGCCUUUCCCGGCACGAGUGUGACACCACAGCAGCCAUCCUGCAGAAGGAGGGGCUGGCUGCCCUGGCCUACCACGCCGGCCUCACCGAUUCCAACAGGGAUCUGGUGCAGCAGAAGUGGGUUAAUCAGGAGGGAUGCCAGGUGAUAUGUGCAACAAUUGCCUUUGGAAUGGGCAUUGACAAGCCCGACGUGCGCUACGUUAUCCACGCGUCCCUUCCCAAAUCCAUCGAGGGCUACUACCAGGAGUCUGGCAGAGCUGGCAGGGAUGGAGAGAUGUCCCACUGCCUGCUCUUCUACAGCUACAGUGAUGUCACCAGGCUGAGAAGGCUCAUCCUGAUGGAGAAGGAUGGGAACAGCCACACGAGGCAGACCCACUUCAACAACCUGUACAGCAUGGUGCACUACUGCGAGAACGUGGUCGAGUGCCGCCGCGUGCAGCUGCUCGCCUACUUCGGGGAGACCAACUUCAACCCCACCUUCUGCAAAGAUCACCCAGAGGUGAUUUGUGACAACUGCAGUAGAAAAAAGGAUUAUAAAUCACGGAAUGUGACCGAGGAUGUGAAGAGCAUCGUGCGGUUUGUGCGCGAGCACUGCGCGCAGGCGGGGCGGAUCAACGGCAGCAGGAACCCAGGCUCUGGCAGGUACACCCUCAACAUGAUGGUGGACAUCUUCCUAGGUUCAACGAGUGCCAAGAUUCAGUCUGGGAUAUUUGGGAAGGGAGCUGCCUAUUCCAGGCACAAUGCUGAAAGGCUGUUCAGAAAACUGGUCCUGGACAAGAUCCUGGAUGAGGAUUUGUACAUCACAGCUAAUGACCAGGCAGUGGCAUAUGUCAUUCUGGGAGAGAGAGCUCAGGCUGUGCUGGAUGGGUCACUCCAGGUGGAGUUCCACGAGACAGAGAGUGCCAGUGCCAUCAGAAGGCAAAGGGCUUCCAUGGCAAAGAUGUCCCAGCGCGAAGAGAUGGUGAAACAGUGCCUCAGUGAACUUACAGACACCUGCAAAACCCUGGGCAAAGUCUUUGACGUGCAUUACUUCAAUAUCUUCAGUACUUCCACCCUAAAGAAAAUAGCAGAAACCUUGUCCUCAGACGUGGAGGUGUUGCUGCAGAUCGAUGGUGUCACAGAAGACAAACUGGAGAAGUACGGUGCAGAAAUAAUUAAAGUGAUGGAUAAGUACUCAGAAUGCUCCAUCCCAGAAGAUGCCGCCUGCCCGGGCGGGGACACGGCCACGGGGAGCACGGGCUCGCCGGGGAGCGAUGGGGAAGCAGAGGAUGCAGGCACAACCUCCAGCUAUUUUGGCAAUAACACAAACCAGAGGAGGAAGAGGAAGCGGGCGCCCACCUCCAGGGACUCCAAGAGGAAAAGGACGGGUGGUGGUGGCAGCCAGCAGUUCCACCCCAGAGGUGGCUACAGCAGGUACAGAAGGACCAAGAAGCUGCCGAGUUCGAAGGCUCCAGCCUCCUCCGGUGCCAGCUCCGGGUCCUGCAGCGUUGGUGGCACACAGGGAGCUGCUGGGAAGCUGGCCAUGAUGGCACUGCCCAAACCCAAAUCCAGGAGCUUCCUUCAGCCUUCGUAUUCCAUAUUUUAGCUGGGAAAUGCAAUUACAGGAUGAAUUUCCCGAAGAUGGAAUUACUGUUUAUUAAAUUUUUGUUUAGUUUGGUGCUGCUGAACCUUUUGGGACUUGUGUAUUUGUCGAGUACAAAAGCUCACAUUAAAUAAGUAUUUUUUAA